AUUAACCUACAGAGGAGGAUGCGGGUCACAGGAGUGAUAACCCAAGGAGCCAAGCGCAUCGGGAGCCCAGAAUAUGUUAAGUCGUACAAAGUGGCCUACAGCGAUGACGGAAAGACCUGGAGGACAUACAAAGUCAAGGGCACAGAUGAAGAUAUAAUCUUCCGUGGGAAUAUUGAUAACAACACUCCAUUUGCCAACUCCUUCACCCCUCCUAUCGAGGCUCAGUAUGUGAGGAUCUACCCGCAGGUGUGCAGGAGACACUGCACUCUUCGCAUGGAGCUCCUGGGUUGUGAGCUCACGGGGUGUUCGGAGCCAAUGGGCAUGAAGUCUGGUCACAUUCAGGACUACCAAAUCACAGCCUCCAGCAUCUUCAGAACUCUUAACAUGGACAUGUUCACCUGGGAACCUGGGAAAGCAAGACUGGAUAAACAAGGGAAGGUCAAUGCCUGGACGUCUGGACACAGUGACCAGUCCCAGUGGCUGCAG